AGGAAGCGGGAGAACACGCAACGGAAUUUUCUCCAUGGAUGAAAAACCGCACAAUUUUCUCGAGUCGAGGAAUGUCUCGACUCUCUGGAAGGACCCCGAGAACGAAGCCUCGAAGAGAAAGAAACGGGCCAAGCAGCGACGCCAGCGACCGCGAAAGGACAAAAGCAACUCGCCUAGCCAGCUGUCUACGCUUGCCGGGGUCUCGACAACGUCCUCCGCCGCGGUGACUCCGGUUUACCAGGGGUCACCGGUACGACACGCGACGCCGAAGACUGCCCGCGCGAUAUCGUCCGUCGCAGCGAGGGACGACUUGGACCGCGACGCAGCGCCUACAGCUGCUUCCGGGCGCCGACAGCACGCCGGGAGCGAAAGAGAACAGCCGAGAAAAACGAGGCCCCCCGACAGUCGGAGCACGUCAUCACGGGACACAGGCGACGCUGCAGCGUCGACAUCAAGGUCUGAGGAGCAGGCCCAGACGGCAGAGGCGCCGAGUCGCCCGUCGUCAACAACUGUCGCAGCUGGGACAUCAUCCAUUCAAGCCAACAGGAGACUCUGGGGCAGUGGUUUGCUCAAGGCGCUUCCCCUCGCCAGAGCUAGCGAUGCCUUCUCGAGCGGUGUCGUGUCGCCUCCCGCUACGAGCGAACUCUUCACGCUGUGGCCCGCGGGGCGGUCGGUGGAGGCAGCCCGACCAACCGCCACCGAAGGUGCUGCCAAGAGCAUCGCUCAGCCGAGCGCAGUCAAGGAGGAAACCGACGACGGCACGGCGUUGCCAGGCGCAGGAAGCCGGCCAUCGCAGAUUCCCGGGCCACCGUGCGAGCCAACCAGCAUCGGAAGCGCCGUCUCGGCACCCAAGCCUGUCGAACACACCGACGAGCCUUCUCGAUCACCGGAUGGGCCAAGCUCGAAGGCGUCAGCAAGAGCUGGGGCUACACCCAGGGGCUCAGUACUGGGCGGCCUGCUGCUAUCGCAGCACUCGCCGAAGGGUCCGACUUCUGGCCAUGCAUCGGAGGCUACGGCGGCGAGGCCAGAGGGCGCCCUCCAUGUAGCCGGAGGAAGCCACAAGCCAUUGUCGAACCUGACUGACGGCCUGCGCGACACCGUGCAAGUUCAGGAACCCGUCGACACCUUGGCCCCGGGUGACAGGAAUCCGUGGGUGCGGGCCGCGGUCAUCAGCGCCGGGCUGUCUCUCUUUUGCGUGGCGCUGGUCAUAAUCAUGGUGCAACUGCGGGAUCGCCAAACGCCCGGCGACGCCGGCGACCCCCUGUGCCAGACGGAGGACUGCGAGCGUCACGCCCUCCUCCUCGGCGAAGUCACCUCCGCGGUCAUCGAUCCGUGCGACGACUUCAGCGAGUACGUCUGCUCGGCCUGGUCGCCUCACGGGAUGCAGACCCUCCGUUACACGAGCGCCAUGGACGCCGCCAUCUACGGCUGGAUGCGGGGCCUGAACGAGACGCUCCAUGACGGGUCCGCCAAGAUCCCCGUUGGCAGGAAGGCGAUGCUCAUGUACGACGUCUGCAUGGGCGACGACUCGCAGUACGGCAACAGCACGAGCGAGUUCCUGCUCUUUCUCAACGAAACCGGGCUCAUCUGGCCGUUCGCCCCGGUGCCCAAGGUGGACGCCCUGACACUAUUCGUCUCGCUAGCCUUCGACUACGACGCCUCUUUCUGGUUCUCGGUCGCCAUCUCCGACUCGCCGGGCUCUUCCGGCGAAUGGCGCGUCGUUCUGUCGCCCAGCUUCUACCUGCCCUUCCUCAUGGUGCACCAUAGAAACAUAAUCGAAAGCGGCGCGUACGCGGUGACCUGGACGAAGAUCCUCCGUUCCUUUGCGGGCGGAGCAUCGCCCAACUUGGACGAGGCGGAAAUCAACGAGACCGGCGUCAUGGGGGCUGAAAUCCUGCGGCAGCUUUACGCCGCGUCGGCCGAUCCGUCGCCCGAGUCUGCACUCUUCGCAGUCAGUGAAUUCGGGAACUAUACGCCCGCCAUCUCGCCCGCACGCUGGCUGAACGCGUUGCAGCUAGUCCUGCCAGUGCGUCCGACAAUGGCGACCGAAGUGUUCGUAACGCACGUAGGGUACAUGAUCGCCAUCGACGAUCUGUUUGGCAAGCACGAGAACCAACAGCUAGUACGACACCUCUCGUGGCUAUUCAUGAAGAUGUACAUUCCUGCCGCCGCUCCCGAGUUCUUUAUCGGCGUGUACGGGAGCGCUGAAAGGUCCAAGAUAUACCGACCCCUGUUCUGCGGCUACAAUGUCGAAUUGCCGUACCGCCUGCUCGUGUCGGUGAUGUGCUACGUCUCCAGUGCGCACAGCAACCAUAGGCCCUUGAUCGACGCGACCUUCGACAGCCUAGUCCUGGCGGCCACGGAAAAGCUCAUGAACUGCUUUUGGCUGGACACACGUAGCAAAAUGCUGGCCGUGCAAAAAAUCAAGGCCGUCCAGAAGCGCCUGUGGCCCGAAGACGUUGUGUUCGAACCGGGAUUCCUGGACGACGUCUACAAGGACUUUCCCGAGAACGAAGAGCCGACCUUCGGUUCCUACUGGAUCGCGUCGCGCAAGAGCGUCCGCGGAGCGAAGAAAUCGAAGCUCUACCGCAGCUUGUCCCCUAAGCUCAUCAGCUCCGCGGAGCCGUACCUGACGUACGACGCCAUCCUAAACCGCGUGCUCGUAACCAUGGGCGCUGUCUCCAGGCCGAUUUACUACGGGAACGGCACGAGAGGCAUGCUGUACGGAGGCAUCGGAUUCCUAAUGACGCUGCAGCUCGUCAAGUCGCUGGACAGAAACGGCUUGCGGUGGCACCCGAACGGCAGCGCCGUGAACUCUUUCCUCGCGGAGGAAGCGAGCAGGGAAUUCGCAGUCCGCGACUCCUGUCGCGUUCGAGAUGCGAACGCGAGCGUGUUCCCGGAGAUACCGGCCGUGGAAGUCGCUUACGCGGCCUUGCAGCGGGCGCUCAAGCAGGACGGGCGGCGGUUCCGAAUCGCCAAGAACCUCACCGAGGAGAGGGUGUUCUUCACGACGCUUUGCUUCAUGACCUGUCCGCGAAGGUACACCCCUAGCCCUUAUAGGGUGGACUGCAACAAGGCCCUGCAGAAUUUUCCCGAGUUUUCGCGAGCCUUCCAGUGCCCCGCGGGUUCCAAGAUGAACCCGGCUAAGAAGUGUAUGUUCUUUGACGCGGCGCCGCCGCAUCCUUACGACUGAGAAUCGUAUUGGCCGCCUUUCUAUGCGCGGCCAUCCAACUCGAUGACCGGAUUUUCAUGUUGUUGUAUCAUCUUGUGCAUUCGUAUUUAAUCUUUACGUAUGUGUUUUUUUUAAUUUGUUGCUGGAACGAACUGCAUUUGCCCACGUUCCUUUUCCUGGCCUAUUGAACUGAAGCUUGUAUUUCUUCUUUCACAACCAUUAAUUAUUUUAAAUAUUUUGGCGUGGUCACAGGCCAUCGUUUCAAAUCAGUCUGCGUGUCAGACUACAAUCAAAUCAGCGCUAUGUUUAUUAACCUUUUCCCGCGAAAGAACCAUGCAGUUGUCGCUGCGGCUGGUAUGUUGUUACUGCACGAGACCUCUGAAGUCAUUACAAGUCGCGCGUUCGAAUACAUCUUGAUUUGUGGUACCUACAA